AUGGAUUUGCGCAAUCUCGUGUUUCGUGUUCAGUUACUUUAUAAACAACAGAACUCGUCGCAAAUUUUCCACGGAGGUAUCACCUCAAUGGUUGCUGGAGUAGCGGCAUUUUGCAACAACGUGAUAACUGAAAGUUACAAAUGCGUGAUAACCUCUGGAAAGGAGUGGCGUACCACUUUGAGGCCCAAUACAACGCACGUCAAACUCCAUUUAGAUAGGUUUCCGAGUCAUACACUUUUGGCUGUAGUCAUCGAGAAUUCGGGUUAUGUGAAUUAUGGGUAUAGAAUGCAGAACAAUGUAAAGGGCCUCUUUGGUGACGUUAAUUUUAACGGCGUAUUAUGGAGCCAAGUCGUCAUGGGGUCCAUCAAACAACCAUUAAAUAUAUCAAAGGGUUGUAAACGUUCAAAGGCAGCAUCUUCCCAGUGGCCGAUUCAGGGUGCAAUUUUCACGGGAAACUUUACCAUCAAAGCGAUCGAAGACGUGCACGAUACGUUUGUCCAACUGGAUAGCUUCAACCGAGGUCUUGUGGCCAUCAAUGACAAUCUUGUCGGGCGGUUUGAUCAGUUACUUGGUCCGCAGCAAAGACUAUACAUCCCAAGAGACUUUCUUCAAGCCGGAAUCAACCGCGUCGUGGUAGGAGAAUUCCGUAAUAUCACGGAGAAAUCCCCCAAGGUGACAUUCCACACUGACCAAAAGUGGUUAAGCUGAUUUCGAGAUUUUGGCAAACGGUGUGAUCAUUCUUGCCGCAAACGAAUCUUUUUUGGGAUUUGCAUGAUUUCUAAGACCAACAAUAUGCAAACCAACUGUACACUUUUAGUGAAAUUCCUAUUUAGUAAAAUCGACAUAUUAUUGGCUAUCAAAUGAAAUUCUGUACCUUCUGUCAGUUAGCCUUAUUGUGACUGUACAUUUUCUUCACAAUAAAGGGAUUUCCAAACACCAUGCAAUCAUCUUGAAUAAACUUAUUAAUUUCUGUCAAUUAGGGAAGUUGU